CACAGUGGGCAUCAUGGAGACGAUCAUCAUCAGCGCCGUGCCGACCGCCGAGGACCAGCCGUUUCCGAGAGUGGAGCUGCUAUACGCGUACACGUUCAAGGGCAUGGAGUCAUCCUUCAACUGCUUCUCGGCCAUGAUACUCCUCUUCGGUGCCGUCGGUGUCAGACGGGUCAUUAUCAGGCGAAAUCAGACGACGACCACUUCGCACCCGGACGCUUUUGAUCUGACGUCUAUUGCCCGCUUUUUCUCACAAUUUGUGACGACGGAGUAUUUCUACGCCAGAAUGGGCAUCACCGUCGUAGCGAGCAUCGCCAAGGUGUACAUGCUGUACGAGUACAUCACGUUCUACAAAGAUCUCGAGGAUGUGCCUUACAACUACGCGCUUCCGGAGUGAAAUAAAUAGAUGCGUGUCAUCUUGACAUGACCGUCAGAGGCGUGGCGUCCACUGCGUGUCUUUUUUUUUUCUCUUUUUUUCAUUAUGCUCUAUUUGUAACUUAUCGCUCGUGUUCACCGUAUAGCCCUCGUUGCUUGAACGUGGCGUAUUCGUCACAAAGCUGAGCGUUAUCUCAUUCGGUGCCAGCACUGUAAUUUCGAACGCACUGUAAAUUUAGAAAUUUGCAAACGCGCCAAUAUUGAGGGUACUUCUAAUAAUGUGUUGUAUUCUGCUGUCUUUUUUUUUUACUAGUGUUACGCCCCAUACGUGGUACACAAAGCUUGCUACAUUUAUAACAAAGCUAUUUGUUCAUGUUUAAGGAAUGCGCAGAAACGAGGCAGGAAAGGAAGAAACGAAUCGAUUUGACAACCACUGCACUUUAAUGCAAAGUCAGUUACAAGCCAAGAGCAGUGCGACUUUUAACCGUCAGAAGACUUUCCUCCAGCCAAUGGUGUCGCUGUGUCAACAUGACGUCGCAGCCGACCACUCAGCGCCUACAGCCAGCGUUCGCACCCAAGAUUCCACGCCGUGAAGUUGUUCCUCUUAAAGCCUUUAUUCCAAGCAAAUGUAAAAUUUUAGCGAAAAAAUUUAUUGGCCGGCAAGAGUUAUGAAUUGCUGCUUUAUUGCCGACGGUAAAUGUCUGCUCUAGCGGGUCUUAUCUCAACCGUGUCAUUCCGGUUUUGCGCACUGCCAGCUCUCCCUCCGGCCGAAAUGCACUUUGUCCUGGUGACGGCCACUUUGUAUCGAACAGUGUACUCAAACACCGAUAAACUGCGCAAAUAUUCCAGUAUACAUGUGCGUCGCUGGUUGUUUUCAGGCAGCGCCGAGCAUUCACGCAGUAGACCAGACAACACGGCAAUCGUCGUUACAUACUUGGAAGAAAGCCAGCAAAAGCACGAGACCCGAGAAAAAAGGAAGACGCGAACAUCGCUUGAACUAAAAAGUGUAACAUUAAUAAAGAGAAUCGUUCCACCAAGAAACUUCGCAACGCAUAUGUACAGCCAUCAGUAUCACCUACAACGUCACCCGGUGAAAUAUAAAGUGCCCAAAAUCGUCUUUUUUUUUUUGUGCAACCAUCGCGCAACACAAUAAAUUUCUUGCCAAUGAGGCAAA